GAGAGAGAGAGAGAGUGUGUAUUUGUGCAUUUGAACAUCAUGCUUCUGCAGUUUCGUGCCGUUUUGAGGAAACGUGCGUGCAGAAUAGCUGCUUUUUAGGUGCCUUUCUCAUAUCAGGAAGAAAGAGAGAGAGAGUCAGUGCAAGAAGCCUCCGGAGACACACACCCACCCCCCACGCAAACACACACACACACACACACACACACUGCGCCUUCACUCGCGCAGAAGCCGAAGAGCGAGAGACACGGACUCUGUUCCGCUGCUGUGGUUUGGAGUGCAAACACGCAACUAAACGCACGAAUCGUGGAUUAUUACGCGAAGAACGCGCGGAAACCAUGAGCUGGGGAACCGAGCUAUGGGAUCAGUUUGAUAACCUGGAAAAGCACACGCAGUGGGGAAUCGACUUUGUGGAAAAAUACACCAAAUUUGUGAAGGAAAGGUCUGAGAUCGAGCUUAACUAUGCAAGACAGAUCAGGAAUCUGUCCAAGAAAUACCAGCCUAAGAAGAAAGAGGAAGAUGAGAAUAAGUACACAUGGUGUCGCGCGUUUCAUUCGACGCUAAACGAGCUGAACGAUUACGCCGGACAGCAUGAGCUCAUCGCAGAGAACAUGAUGUCGCAGAUCAUCGCCGAACUCACACGAUACGCACAGGAAGUCAAAACAGAGAGGAAAUCGCAUUUCCAUGAUGGACGGAAGGCACAGCAACAGAUUGAAGCCAGUUGGAAACAGCUGGAAUCGUGUAAGAGGAAGUUUGAGCGGGACUGUAAAGAAGCAGAUCGAGCCCAGCAAUACUUUGAGAAGAUGGACGCAGACAUCAAUGUGACAAAAGCAGACGUGGAGAAGGCACGGCAGCAGGCUCAGAUGAGACACCAGAUGGCUUCUGACAGCAAGAAUGAAUAUUCCUCAUACCUGCAGAAGUUCAACCAGGAACAGAACGAACAUUAUUACACCAUCAUCCCUAAUGUUUUCCAGAAGAUCCAGGCGAUGGAGGAGAAGAGGAUAGAGCGAAUGGGCGAGUCGCUGAAGACGUUUGCAGAGGUCGACCGACAGAUUCUGCCUAUCAUCGGGAAAUGCCUGGAUGGAAUAACACAAGUGGCCGAGUCCAUCGAACCCAAGAAUGACUCCUCUCAGGUCAUAGAGUCGUAUAAGUCUGGGUUCGAGCCUCCUGGCGAUGUGGAGUUUGAAGACUACGGUCAGGCGAUGAAGAGGACGGUGUCUGAGACCAGCCUCACUAACUCACGCUCGGACAACAAAGCGGACCGUUCCAGCAAGGGCAAGAGCAAAACUCUCUGGCCUUUCAUUAAGAAAAACAAGCUUAUGUCCCUGUUAACGUCCCCCGUACCUCGCCAGCCCCCCCCUGACCCUCCCUCACCUUCUGCUGUGACCCCUGACCCCUGCCCCACUCCCCAGACCCCCAAACAGUCCAAGGAGCCCCUGUCCCACCGAUUCAACGACCUCAUGACCUCCAAGCCCAAAAUGCACUGCCUCAGGAGCCUCCGGCGCGGGCUCUCUCUAAAGCUGCUCUCACUCAAUGCCCACGUGCGGAACCUUAUUGAGGGUUCGAAUCCUGAGGACUUUAGUCAUCUUCCUCCAGAGCAGAGAAGGAAGAAGCUUCAGGCGAAGAUUGACGACAUCAAUAAAGACAUACAGAAAGAGAUGGACCAGAGAGAUGCUUUGACUAAAAUGAAGGAAGUAUACAUAAAGAACCCACAGAUGGGGGAUCCCAACAGCGUGGACCCUCGGUUAGCAGAGAUUGCCCACAACAUUGAGAAACUGCAGGCGGAGGCUCAGAAAUUCGAGGGCUGGUUAGCGGAGGUCGAAGGAAGGAUGCCAGUAAAGAGUGACCCUCCACGGAGGACGAGUACCCUGUACGAGACCCAAAACAGCACACCACCCACCACCAACAACAACAACUGCGCACAGGAUAGAGAGAGCAGUCCGGAUGGCAGUUAUACAGAGGAACCGAGUUCUGAGGUCCAGAGUAAAGUCCAGCCUGAAACAGCGGAGUCUGGAGAUGAAUUUGAUGACCCAGAUGAAGAAAUGCUGCCCACGAUCGGCACCUGCAAAGCCCUCUACCCGUUUGAAGGUGUUAAUGAAGGCACCAUCUCAGUAACGGAGGGUGAGCUCUUGUAUGUAAUAGAGGAAGACAAAGGUGACGGAUGGACGCGUGUUAGAAGAAACGAGGAAGAGGAGGGUUACGUCCCCACAUCCUACGUCGAGGUCUUUCUGGACUCCAACGCCAAAGAUGUGUUUUCCUGGAGAAGGGUUUUUCUUUCUGAGGAUUCGUAAAGUAUGGAAGGAGGACACAGUGGUGCAGGGCAAACAGCAGCCACAUGUGGGGAAAACUACAGCCUACCCUCCAUGAACCGCCCUAGAGUGAGACAGAUGAGAGACAGACACAAAAUAAAGAGAGGAACAGUGAAAGAAGCGAGAGGAAGAGGCUAUAGAGACCUCUCGGCCUAAAUUCUCCUGCUGUAGAGAGGAACUUUAACAGCGAAUCAGAGAAAUAUUAUGGCAUUUAGAUUUAUUACCUGUCUGUUAUUUUAUAAUGAGGUGAAUAUGAUCUGCAUAUAUCAUUUUGCUUUACGGCUCUUCAUCGCUGCUGAACGGCGCUAACGUUUCUUUCAGCCUGUGCGAGUGAGUGUAUGUGUGUGUGGUUGUCUUUAACCGUCUUGUGUCCGAUUUCCUCACCUUUCCCGAACUAAAACCCUGGGAAUGUGGUCUGUAAAAGGAGCUGAAUUUGCGGUACCACAACAGUGCUGCGUUCCAUUCAUAUUUCUGCUAUAUAUAGCUUGAUGUACACUACUGGUCAAAAGUUUAGAACAAUUAAGAUUUUUAAUGUUUUGAAAGAAGUCUAUUCUACUCAUUAAGGCUGCAUUUAUUAAAAUAAAAAUACAGUAAAAUCUGUAAAAAAAAAUGUGGAAUAUUUUUACAAUUUAAAAGAACUAUUUUGUUUUUAAGUAUGUUUUAAAAUGUAAUUUAUUCCUGUGAUGCAAAGCUGAAUUUUCAGCAUCAUUACUCCUUCAGAUCCUUCAGAAAUCAUUCUAAUAUGCCGAUUUGCUGCUCAAUUAUGAUUGGUGCUCAGUUAUUAAUAAUGGUUCUUAUCAUCAUCAAUGCAAAAAACACAGUUUUUGUGGCUGAAACCGUGAUUUUUAUUCAGGAUCCUUUAAUGAAUGGAAAGUUCAAAAUCUUUUGUAACAUUAUAAAUAUCUUUACUGUCACUUUUACCUCAAACUUUUGAAUGGUAGUGUAUCAAGGUUUCAAAAGAAUAUAAAUUUGAAAAUGUAAUGUACAUUUUUAAAUGCUGUAUUUUUGAUCAAAUAAUUCCAGCCUUGGUGAGCAGAAGAGAGACUUCUUUCAAAAACAUUAAUAAAUUGUAAUUAUUCUAAACUUUUAGUGUAUAAAGAAACAAAUGCAAGCAAGUUUUACAGGUGUAUGCUUAUCAACAAAUCAUGUUUUACACAGCUAAAAACAUUCAUAUAUAAACUUUAAAUCAUUCAUACAUUUGUUUGUAUGAUGUGAAAUGUCUUUAAGUGCCCUUCGAUUGCACUUUUCCAAGUUGCAAGCUAGAAUCUUUUUCGAGUUGAAUGGAGCGCAGCAUUAAAGUUCUUCGUGACAUCACUCCUUCAUCAGGCCACACCCCUUUAGACCCUUUGACUCCACCUCCCAAAGAUAACAGCUGCUGGCCAUUGGUUGCUCACAUGGCUGUGGCACACGUCAGGGGCGGGGCUUCACUGGCCAAUAGCAUGUCUGCUUGCCCUGGCACCUCCUCUGUCUCCGCCCUUCCAGUGCAAUUACUAAUACUGUCUGUCUGUUUGCCAUCUUAUCCAACUCAUUUUUAUCUAAUGUCCCUUCAGCGAUUCACAUUUUCAUUCAUUUCAUCUAUUAAGACUUCCCGCUUUACCUUAACCGUCCAAUCAUCAUGCUCAAAAGCUGUUUUUGUUUGUCAGGCAAGGGAGGGGCUAUAUUUACACUCAUGAAUAUGCUAACGUCCUGUUGAUAUGGGUAUGUAUUUAUUGUGACAGCUGUUUUGUUCAUGUCUUCAUGGUUUUACCCUGUGGAGCACCCAGCUGAGAACCUAGCGACCUCAUUGGUUUCGCCGGUUAUAUAUAUAUGUAAUGGUUUAAGUGUACUCUGAGCCAAAUGUACAGGUUAACCAGACAUUUAACAUGCAUCAUGUGAGCUGUGAGCAUUUGUAUGGCUCUCUUAACCUGAAGAAUAGACUUAGAGGUUUUUAAUUCAACUGAUGUUUUCCCUUUUUGACGUAAUCACUGUGGUUUGGCGAAGGAGAUUUUUUUUUUUUUUUUUUUUUGUGAAGAGAUUAUAUUUUUUAAUUUCAUCAUCUUCCACUGUUUACUCACCAUCCCUGAGGCACAUAAUUUUAACUUUUCUUUUUAUAUAUAUUUUUAAUUCUCUCACACAGUCAUUUUGGGUCCAGGAGAGGUUUUAGAUAUUUUAUUAGUUGUUUUUUUUCUUUUAUUAUUAUUAUUAUUGAUUCUUAAGUAGGUUUGAAGCCCAAAACAUCUACAUCUCUACAGGCAGCAUCAUGGAAAUGAAUGCCACAUGCCACAGAUCUGCUAUUUAAUGCUGAAUGCUUUUAUUAUGUUUAACAAAGCGCUUAUUGAUGAAUUAUGAUGUUUUAUGUUGAAUGAAUUGAGCAGCCUCUCAGAAUAACUGACUCACUCGCUAUUGAUGAACCUGUAAAUAUAAAAAUAUGUUAGAAAUAAGAAAUGGUUUUGAAAGCGACGAACAUCUCACCAUCUUGAAGAGGAAAAUGUCAUUUCGUAUGUCUUCCGAACAUACACACUUUCUCAAGUGCUCUGUCUCUCUUUGAGAACAAAACAAUUGCUAAACAACUUCAUUUCAGCCUUUUCAGCAUUGUUAUACUUUGCCGGCUAUCACCAUAUGACAUACAUACACGCCUGUCAGUGACAUGAAUCAUUUGCCCUUGGCCCUUACCUGCUCUAUUUGGGGCUUCAAAACACCAUUCCCAAAUCAGAGAAUUAUAUAUAUAUAUAUAUAUAUAUAUAUGUAUAUGUAUAUGUAUAUCUAUACGUACAAGUCUAUAAAUAAGAGUGAACUACCAAUCCAUGGUAAGAGUCUAUUUUUAAAUUUUGAUUAAUAAAAAUGUCCCAUUUUUUUCUCUGCUUUGCUAAAUGAAUUAAACAUUUUUUUUUUUUAGGUCCCAUUUGAUGGGGUCUGCCAAAUGUUUGUUUUGCACUUUUUUGUUUGUGUUCUAUUUGUUAUGCUUGUGUUUUUGAGCACUGAAUACUUUGUACGUGUUAACUGUGCCAAUUAAAGAUAGAGGGGAAAAAUCAAUGAA